CGGCCCCGAUACCUUAUUAUAAAUAGCUUCCAAAUCCUAGGUGUUUCCUACACGCAUUUCUCUUUAGCCCAUCUCUCCCUCUAUCUCUCCUAUCUGCAAAUCUCACCCGCCGUUUUUAGGGUUUUUCCUUCUGUGCUAGGGUUUUGGUCCGCGGCCCUCACGAUAAUGGGCAGCAACAACAAGGACAGCUUUAACGUCGCUGAUCUCGGCGCUGCACUGAACGCAGAAGAUAGGGCUGACCUUGUUAAUGCCCUAAAGAACAAACUUCAGGAUCUUGCUGGUAAGCACUCUGAUGUGCUCGAGAAUCUUUCCCCAGACGUGAGGAAACGCGUCGACACGCUCAGGGAAAUACAGACUCAACAUGAUGAGCUGGAGGCAAAAUUUUUUGAGGAGAGAGCAGCACUUGAAGCUAAAUACCAGAAAUUGUAUCAGCCUCUUUAUACUAAGAGAUUUGAAAUAGUAAAUGGCGAUGUUGAAGUUGAAGGGGGUGCAACUGAGCAGACAGACCAAGAAGAGAAGGGUGUUCCUGAUUUCUGGCUUACUGCAAUGAAAAAUAAUGAAGUGCUUGCGGAGGAGAUUUCUGAGCGUGAUGAGGGGGCACUUAAAUUCCUCAAAGAUAUUAAAUGGUCUAGAGUAGACAAUCCAAAAGGCUUCAAGCUUGAGUUCUAUUUUGACACCAAUCCAUUCUUCAAGAAUGCUGUGCUGACAAAAACUUAUCACAUGAUUGAUGAAGAUGAACCUAUCUUGGAGAAAGCAAUCGGGACGGAGAUUGAGUGGCUUCCAGGAAAAUGUUUGACACAAAAGAUUCUUAAGAAGAAACCAAAGAAGGGAUCCAAAAAUGCCAAGCCGAUUACUAAAACUGAACAAUGUGAAAGUUUCUUUAACUUCUUCAGUCCACCACAGGUUCCUGAUGAGGAUGAUGAUAUUGAUGAAGAUGCUGCUGAAGAGCUGCAAAAUCUGAUGGAACAGGAUUAUGACAUUGGGUCGACUAUCCGUGAUAAAAUUAUUCCUCAUGCGGUAUCAUGGUUCACGGGAGAGGCUGCACAGGAUGAGUAUGGGGAUGUUGAUGAUGAUGAAGAUGAUAUUGAUGAAGAUGAUGAGGAAGACGAGGAUGAGGAUGAUGAAGAAGACGAAGAUGAUGAUGAUGACGAGGAUGAGGAAGAAGAAACCAAGACCAGGAAAAAGUCGUCAGCUACACGUAAGAAGAGUGGAAGGGCACCUGCUGGUGAGGGUCAGCAAGGCGAGAGGCCUCCGGAGUGCAAGCAACAGUAGUUAAUUCCAGCUACUUCAUUUACUCUUGAGCUCCAUUUUGUGUGGCGAUGUUUCGUUCGUGUUCUGAGUCAAUCAUAUAUUCGUGUAUUUACGAUCAGCUUCUAUUUCCCCUCCAAUUUUCUGUUCUUUUAGAUGAUAAAUUAUUUCUUUUUAGUUUUCCUUGGAGAGUGAUUAAAGUUAGAAGUGUCUUGGAACUUGUCGACUGCUUGGUGGUGGUUCUGGUCUCCCUAUUGAAUCUUAAAUAUAUUUAUUUUUAAUUUUGUAGUCC